UUGUUUCAGCUCUUAAACAUGCUUAAAUUUUAUGCCAGGUUUGAAAUAAGUGAUGAAACAGGAGAUCCCAUGACAGAUAGAGACAUGACUUUACAACAUUAUUCCAGAAUAACUUCACUUCAGAAAGCAGCAUUUUCGAAAUUCCCGGACCUGCGUUUAUUUGCUCUUGCCAAUGUUGCCAGCGUUGAUACCAGAGAGUCCUUGCAGAAACAUUUUGGUAAUUUAAGUGAAAAUGCACUUCGCGCUAUCGCAACGUAUUUGAAUCUCGUACCACCUGAAGGUAAAGAAAAUGAAGCUCCUUGGCAUCGGCUAGACAAACCGUUCUUAAAGGAGUUAUUGAUUUCGCGACAUGAACGCCGCAUUUCACAACUAGAAGAAUUGAACACCAUGCCUCUAUACCCUACAGAGGAAGUUAUAUGGGAUGAAAAUGUCGUCCCGACAGAAAUCUAUAGUGGAGAAAAUUGCCUUGCUUUACCCAAACUGAAUCUGCAGUUCCUUACCUUACAUGACUAUUUGCUGAGAAACUUCAACCUGUUUCGUUUGGAGAGCACGUAUGAAAUCCGUCAAGAUAUAGAAGAUGCUGUAUAUCGACUGGCACCGUGGCGUUCUGAAGAUGGGAGCGUAUAUUUUGGUGGCUGGGCUCGAAUGGCGCAUCCCAUAACGAGCUUCGCAGUAGUGGAGGUGGCUAAGCCUAACAUUGGAGAAAAAGCACCCUCAUGUGUAAGGGCUGAUGUUACAGUCACCCUCAGCGUUAGAAAUGAGAUCAAAUAUGAAUGGGAAAGCUUACGAAAGCACGAUGUGUGCUUUUUAAUCACAGUGCGGCCAACACAGGGCAUCGGUACAAAAUAUGAUUACCGUAAAAGCAUGGUUGAGCAGGCUAGCAUAGUGUAUGUUAGAGGAUGCGAAGUAGAAGGGAUGUUGGAUGCCUCUGGUAGAGUGAUAGAGGAGGGACCCGAGCCCCGGCCUGAGCUCGAAGGAGACUCCAGAACAUUCCGAUUGCUCCUCGACCCUAACCAGUACAGGCUUGAUCUUGAUCAUGCCAGUAAAGGCAAUGAGGAUGUAUACGAAACUUUCAAUAUAGUGAUGAGACGCAAACCCAAAGAGAACAACUUUAAAGCCGUGCUAGAGACGAUACGAGAGCUGAUGAACACAGAGUGCGUUGUGCCCGAGUGGCUCCAUGAUAUCGUCUUAGGCUAUGGUGACCCAGGACAAGCUCAUUACACCAGAAUGCCAAACGAGAUACCGACACUGGAUUUUAAUGAUACGUUUUUAGACAUGGAGCACCUUCGAAACAGUUUCCCCGGGUACGAGAUCAAAGUACAGACUGAUGACCCUAGGAAACUAGUCAGACCAUUUAAAGUAACGUUCGAGAAUGUUCUCCAAAAACAGCAGAAUGGUGGUGAACCCAUGGACGAAGAUGAACCUCGGAAGGUGAUCCUUGUGGAACCUCACGUCCAACCCAAGAGAGGACCCUACCUAUCCAACGAACCUAAAAAAAAUACUAUACCUUUCACGCCGACCCAAGUUGAAGCUAUCCGGUCUGGAAUGCAACCUGGAUUGACCUUGGUUGUAGGUCCACCGGGGACAGGUAAAACAGACGUGGCUGUGCAAAUAAUAUCAAAUUUAUAUCACAAUUUCCCAUGGCAGCGAAAUUUGGUGGUAACACACAGUAAUCAAGCGCUUAAUCAGCUCUUUGAGAAAGUAGCAGAGUUAGAUGUGGAUGAAAGGCAUCUGUUACGUCUCGGGCAUGGUGAGGAAGCUCUGCAAACUGAUAAGGAUUUCUCCAGAUAUGGUCGUGUAAACUACGUCCUAGCAAAGCGCUUGGAACUUCUGGAGCGUGUAGGUAGGCUGCAGAAGACCCUGGAAGCUGGCGAGGAUGCCGGAGCCACCUGUGAGCUAGCCCACCACUUCCAUGUGUACCAUGUGCGACCAAGAUGGGAGACAUUCCUCAAUAAAUGUGCUCAAGAUCAGAACAAGUCUAUAGAAACCAUAAGCAAAGAGUUUCCAUUCCACGAGUUCUUCGACGAUGCACCCAAGCCCCUGUUCCCUGGAAAAUCUUACGAAGAGGACAUGGAAGUCGCUCAGAGUUGUUACAGAUACAUUGAUCACAUUUUCGAGGAACUUGAAGAAUUCCGUGCUUUCGAACUGCUUCGGUCAGGGUUGGAUAGAUCGAAAUAUUUACUCGUGAAGGAAGCUAAGAUUAUAGCGAUGACGUGUACCCAUGCAGCACUUAAGAGAUCUGAAUUAGUACAAAUGGGCUUUAAAUACGACAACAUAUUAAUGGAAGAAUCAGCCCAAAUCCUGGAGAUUGAGACGUUUAUUCCUCUACUAUUACAAAACCCUCAAGACGGUCGAUCUCGGCUGAAGAGAUGGAUCAUGAUCGGUGACCAUCAUCAGUUGCCACCGGUCGUGAAGAACAUGGCCUUCCAGAAGUACUGCAACAUGGAACAGAGUCUGUUCACCAGGAUGGUUAGGCUUGGAGUACCUUACGUGGAACUGGAUGCUCAAGGACGAGCUAGGCCAAGUAUCUGCAACCUCUACCGUUGGCGCUACCUGGCACUGGGUGAUCUUGGUCAUGUGACCCGCCUACCUGAAUACCGAGCCGCCAAUGCAGGCCUUCGAUACGACUUCCAGCUUAUUAAUGUGGACGACUUCAACGGAGCUGGGGAAACUGAACCUAGCCCUUAUUUCUAUCAGAAUCUGGCAGAAGCUGAAUUUGUGGUGGCAGUGUUCAUGUAUAUGCGGCUGAUUGGUUGGCCAUCAGAUCGCAUCUCAAUUCUUACUACAUACAAUGGGCAGAAACACCUCAUCAGAGAUGUUAUUGACAAAAGAUGCGCCGAAAACCCACUCAUCGGACGACCACAUAAGGUGACUACAGUGGACAAGUACCAAGGUCAGCAGAAUGACAUAGCCCUAGUAUCGUUAGUCCGCACCCGCGCCGUGGGUCACGUCAGGGAUCUCCGCCGUCUCAUCGUGGCCGCCUCCAGAGCUCGUCUCGGCCUCUACAUCUUCGCGAGAGCCAACCUCUUCAGGAACUGUUUCGAGCUACAACCUACAUUCAAUCAGCUGGUGGAACGUCCCUUAGAGUUAGAACUAGUGCCGGGCGAGCGCUGGCCUGCACAGCGCAGCGCUGCAGCCAACGUGCCGGACGCCCUGACACUACGCAUACGAGAUAUGCCACAUAUGGCUCAAUAUGUCUAUGACAUGUACCUUGAACGAGUCAGACAGUGCAAGGACCAAUAUGAGCGUUCUCAAGGCACAUGGUCAGCCCCGGGAACAUCACGAGCCUCUCGUCCAGCGCACGCGCCACCCUCACAACACGCCCACCCCGGCGCCAAUGACAGUGAUGAUGACGAACCACCCAAUACAGACACCACUACAGCAUUCCAACCCACUGAAAUUGUGAAUGAAGUUGAAGAAACUCCCGCUGAUACCUCUUAA